AUGGAUCAAGAUAUUGUCAAUGCUAUGGGGCUGCUCAAUACUGCAAAGCAAGAAUUGCAAAUGAUGAGGGAUAGGGGAUGGAAAUCAUUACUCGAUGAUGCCUUUUCUUUUUGUAAUAACCAUGUGAUAUUUAUUCCGAAGAUGGAUGCUAACUACAUUCCUGGGAAGUCGAAACGUAGAGCUCUUGAUGUUACAUAUUCUCAUCAUUUUCGUGUUGGAAUUUUUUAUCCUGUUAUUGAUUUGCUGCUUCAGGAUCUUAAUAAUUGUUUCGACACUGUUAGUACUGAUUUACUUCUUGGUAUGGCUUGUUUACAUCCAGCUAAGUCAUUUGGUAAUUUUGAUAAGAAAAAGGUAAUGAGGUUGGCUGAAUAUUAUCCGAAUGAGUUUGAUAGCAACAAGCUUCGAGAUCUCAGUUGCCAACUUGAUAAUUUCAUAGUGUAUGUUCGAGGUUCUGAUAAGAGAUUUUUCAAUAUGAAGGGUAUUACUGAUCUUGCUAAAGUACUGGUUCAAUCAGAAUUGCAUCAGACCUGGCCACUUGUUUAUUUGCUUAUCAAGUUGACUCUUAUUCUUCCAAUUGCUACUGCUUCUGUGGAACGAGCUUUCUCAUCGAUGAAGUAUAUCAAAAAUGAACUCCGCAGCAGUAUGAGUGAUGAAUUUUUAAAUGGUUGUUUAGUCUGCUAUGUAGAGCGUGGGAUAUUUGCAACUAUAAGUAAUGAUGCUAUUAUUCAUCAUUUUCAGAAAAUGAAAAGUCGUCGAGCGCAGUUGUGA